GGCGUGCUCUUAUGUUUUGCAUGCCUUAGCGGUUAGACCAUUGACCACGCGUCCUCGAGAGGACGGAACAUUGUUCCCACAGGACCGAUCACCGAUGGCCAAUCGUUCCUUCCUACUUUUGUCGUUUCGAACAACGUUUCGAUGCUGGUUGUGUUCGUUGUUGGUCUCAGGAUCGGGAGCCGCGCCGGUGGUAGCCGAGGUGGCGAAGGAGGCCGGGGCGCUUACUGUUGGUGUGGUGACGAAGCCGUUCAGCUUCGAGGGACGGAGACGAAUGGCGCAGGCGAACCAGGCUAUCGCGGAGCUGGAAGAGGCCGUCGACACCCUCAUCGUGGUGAACAACGACCAGCUGUUGAAGAUCAUCCCUGCAGACACGCCGGUGGAACACGCCUUCAAGGUUGCGGACGACGUCCUCCGACAGGGUGUGGUGGGUAUCUCGGACAUCAUCGUCAAGCCGGGACUGAUCAACGUCGACUUCGCGGACGUGAGGUCUGUCAUGGGGGAGGCUGGCACGGCCAUGAUGGGUAUCGGUAGAGGUAGUGGCAAGAACCGAGCAAAGGAGAGCGCGGAGGGGGCGAUCAUGUCGGCCCUGUUGGAUGUACCCAUCACGGGAGCCCAGGGCAUCGUUUUCAACGUUCUUGGCGGCAACGACAUGAGCCUGCAGGAGAUUAACGCGGCGGCGGAGGUGAUCUACGCCAACGUGGAUCCCAACGCCAACAUAAUCUUCGGCGCGCUGGUGGACGACAACAUGGGGGACGACAUGGCCGUAACCGUCAUCGCCACCGGGUUUGGAGGCGGCAGAAACGCGCCGGUGCCGCGUGCAGAGGCCCAAAUCAUCAAGACCAAGGCCAAGAAGCCACUGCCUUCGCCGGUCAAGCGCGAGCCUAGCCUAUCGCCACUGCCAUCAUCAUCGCAAUCGCCAUCGUCGCCGUACCUCCCUUUCGGGUCUUCCCUACUUGAAGACUCCAACGCUGACGUCACCACCGGUGGUGCUGCUUCGCCGGACAACGGUGCGCCGGCUCCGGCCAUGGGGGGUGGAAGGAUCGCGUCGCCUGCGGGGGCUGAACGGGCAUCUGCAGGGUUGUGA